AUUGACCACGGGAGUCCAACUAUAUCUCAUGGCAAGCACUCAGGGCGACCCACCACACAUAGCGAAGCAGUCUUUGAGAUGUAACUACUGCUAUGCCAGUCGCGAAGUAAAGCGAUUGCAAAAGUGUUCAAGAUGCAAGGCCAUGGCGUAUUGUUCAAAGGAGUGUCAGAAAGCGGAUUGGAAGUCGCACAAACAGGCAUGCUCGAACAAUAAUAAUCUGGCUAAGGCCCUUAAAGAACAUGCCGACACUCCUUUGGGAAUUCUAGAAUCCCUGAUCCUCCCAGACGGCAUCUCCUUAUACGAGCUUGACAAACGUCUCGAGAAAUGGGUCAAGUUUCAUUCAAACCUGAUGAUGUGGGCGACCGUCAAUGCUCUGGAUCUGUAUUCAGAUAUCUCUCUCAGUCGGAAGCAGGUCCUCUAUAUCAAGCUUGAGGCCCGUAGGGACCACGAUGGUUCACCGGGCAAGUAUUUCCGAGCGACAGACGCAUACCCAGUGGACGUUGAGGACGCCAAGACCUGGCCUGCCCCCUGGCCUGAGUCACUUGACCAGGUGCGACAGCUGCAGGAUGAGAGUGAGAGCAUGAAUAGGGGAUCGUGCGCUGCAGCUAUGGUGGAGUGUAAACAGCUCGCUGUUCAGACAGUCCCUUUCGGCUCUCUGAAGAACCUCAAGGGUCCGCGGCUUCUCAACUGGAAGGAGGAGUUGCUGCGCGAUAUUGAGAAUGGCAUUCAGCCGCACAAGUAUCGUCGAUAACCGUGUAUGUGCCCGCGGACUCGUAUGCUACGACUUGCAUGGGUUUGCAUCAUCCGUUGUACUGCCCUAUGAUGAUUUUACUUCUGCAUUCUCCUCUACGUAUCCUUCCUUCCUAGCUUGGCCUGUUCCUCUCCCCUCAAUAACAGCACGCGGAAUCAAUAUAUUCGCAUUCCCUG